AUGGUUCUGGGGGCUAAGCUUGAUGAAAGCGCUAGUUCAGAACAACUGGAAGGCACCAGGCUGAUGAAGAUGAGCUGGGAUCCAGAGCUGGAAGCCUUUGCCAAGGACUACGCAACAAAAUGCAUCUGGGAACACAAUGCGGAGCGUGGACGGCGAGGCGAGAACCUCUUUGCCAUGUCUGGCGACCUGGAUGUGAAGAUGGCGGUAGAUGAGUGGUACAACGAGUAUGCCUUUUAUAAUAUGACAACAUUAACCUGCCAAGAAGGGCAGAUGUGUGGUCACUAUACACAGGUGGUCUGGGCAAGUAGUGAGCGUAUGGGCUGUGGGACGGUGUUCUGCGAAACCCUGGAAUUCCUGAAUGACACCGACAUGCAUUUGGUAGUCUGCAAUUAUCAGCCACCGGGGAACAUAAAGGGACGCAAACCGUACAAGGAAGGGGCUCCAUGUUCCAUGUGCCCAGAUGGCUAUUCCUGUAAGGACUCUCUCUGUGAAUCCAGUGUUGACAUGGGAGACGCCACCGCAUCUCCUAAGCCGGAGCCAACGGCUGUCUUGACUGCAAGCCCAGCUCUGCAAACCACACCAGAUUCAGCACCUGAUACGCCAGACAGUCCCCAAACAGGAGCAGAAUCUGAAUCCCCAACAGCUGAAGGGCCAACCUCUUCGCUAGAGCUAACUUCAGACUUGUCAAACUCAGAUGCAACAGUUUCCUCUUUGGUGACAAUGGGAGCUACAACUCUUCGUCCUGCCUCCCCAGAAUCAAGAACUGAAAAAGCCACUUCCGCAGAAUUUCCUUUGUCUGGUGGCUUAGCCACACCUGAAGCCACCAUUAAAAAACCCGAGCCACCUUCAACUCCCCCUACACCAGUGCAUUCUACCCCCAAGUCACCCUUGGUCCCUAAACCUGCAUCCAUCCCUAAACCUCCAUCGACAGGUAAACCUCCCUCCAUGCCCAAACCCCUUUCAGCCCAUAAGCAUCCCUUCUUCUCCAAGCUACCCGUCCCAAAGAAGCCUCCCGUCUCUAAAACACCUGCACGCCAUCGCUUGUCAGCUUACUCCAAAGCAAUAAACAAGCACAGCAAUGCUGCUCAGGCCUCUGCAGAUAAGGUACCUGUUCACAACACUGCAGCUAAGGCAGCUUCAAUCUCUGUCUGCCUGCCUUGCCUUGGAUGCAAACAGAUUAGCCACCCUGAAGAAAUAAAGACUGCACUUAAAGAGCUGACUUCCAGGUACCCCUAUGCUCCGUGCUUUUCCCCGCUUCCCCGGUGGCAGAGGCAUAGCAACUGGGGCAAUACACUUAGGAAGGCCAGGCCUUAUUGGCUCAACAGUUUAUAGCAGUAUUUGAUCCAACCUAUUUAUAGGCUGAGCCCUCUGUCUUCCCUUUCCCUUUCUGCCCUUUUAGUGAGUUUGCCAGUCUGCUGGGAAUAGCACUGUAGCAUGGCCAGUGGCUGAAAAUUCUGUAGAUGGUGGUACAAAUCUUGCCCAAGCAAUAAAGCUCUUGGGAGGUUGCAGUUUAUUUCCACAACCCCCUGUUUUCACCCAUUCAGGAAUGUGGAGCACAUCUGAUUUCUUUCCCUACUUUCCUUCUCUUUAAGCUUUGCUAGGGUCAAGCAUGGCGUACUGUCAUGAGGCCUCAUUCCACCCAAUGACUCACCUGUGAUCAUCCUCCCUCUUGUCUGUGCUCUGUGCACCACAAAUGGGGGCCCUAUUUAUUUGCCGGACUGUGCCUGGAAGUCAUUCCCAGGCUUCCCAUUCUGCUUGUGAAUUUGUGACAAGGUGUCUGCAUUCUCCACUGGCAACCCAUUCUUUACCCCAAAAUGCCGAUAAAAACCUGGAUCUUGAAAACCUGGAUAAUGUAAAAAACCUGGAUCUUGAAAGCUGAACAAAUUGUGCAAGAUAAGCCAAGGCCUGCACACCUACUGAAUUCCUUUAGCUGAUCCCAAAACAUGAAUUUGUGCUCCCUUGGUACAGACUCUGGAGCUUUGUGGCUCAGAAUACAAACAGUAGUGUUGAUCAAAGAAUUGGUUGUGCCCCCCUGAAAUGUAAAGCAAACUGAUAUGGCUUGUUUGUAAGGAGGAUGGAGAGAAAAUGAAUGACUGAUUAGGGAGAGUGAUGUAAAUCUCUAUAGAAACUCAGUGCACAAGAGCUACAUUAAGCAAUCAAUAAAUGAAGUGCAAGUGGACCAAAUAUUUGCAUGUGAAAGUGAAGCGAGUGCCUCUGUGAGUGUUUGCAUUUGUAGCUCUUCAACUCUGUUCAUUACAGUAGAUCUUUCUUCCAUUGGAACUCUACAAACCACAAUAUUUUGAUCAGGCAGCAUUAUUAAGGCUCAUUCACCUCUUCUGUGCCAUAUGGGUAUCUAAACUUUAGCCCCCUCUCUUCACCAUUGUCUCCACUCCUUCUACCACCUGACAGGGACAUAGGAAACUAUAAACCAAAUCAGCUUAUUGGUCCAUCUAGCUCAGUAUCGUUUACACUGACUGGCAUCGGCUCUCCAGAUCUCCAGAUUUUGGGGUGCAUUCCCAGCCCUACCUGGAGAUGUGCUCGGAUUGAGUUUGGGACCUCCAUGCAAACCAGAUGCUCUACCACUGAGCUGUGGCCCUUGCACUUCAGAGGACUUGUUUGACUAGGCCCGCUUGCAUAUCAGAGAUAUGUAUUAGACUGGACCCCCCACGAUAGCUGCAUUUUGAGCUUAGCACAUGUGUUUUGGUAGCAUGCUGCAUCCCUUCCUGUUUCUGUUGCACGGAACCAGGGCAGGUUCCUCUUCUCUUCAGCUGACUCCUCUCUUACAUUUUUUCAAAGCACAACCAGGUGCUAAAGAUACCAAAGAUCUGCUGACAGACCCACCCAGGAAAGAUUCUGAGCAGCCCACACCUUCAGGCAGCAGCCCUUUUUGCCUUUCUGCUUUCCAUUCCUGAGUACUCCCGUUCUGAUAAGCCUUCUCCUUUGACACUUGCCUCAUAAGAAUAUUUGCUCCCCAUCUCCAUUCUCCUAUGCUACUUGUGGUUUGUUUCUUCAUCUUGCUGUGUUUGGGGUGCAUGAAAGACAAAGGUGAAACUCUCCCCCUGUUUCUUGCUCCCCCUGGCCUCUGUGGCCAUUCCGGUUAGAUUAGAAACAUAGGAAGCUGCCCUUUAUCAGGUCAAGUCACCUAGCCCAGAAUUGUGACUGGCAAGGGUCCACAGACAGAAGUAUUUCCUAUCACCUGCUAACUGAUUCUUUAAAAGAAGGAAAUGAGAGAAGAUGCCAGGACAGAGCCUGAAAUUUUCUGCAUGCAAAGCAUGUGAUGUACUCUAAGGUCCCUCUCAAUAGAUGAGCUUGGAUAGCUCAGUUGGUUAGACCAUGGUGCUGAUAACACCAAGGUUGCAGGUUCGAUCCCUGUUCCUGCAUUGCAGGGGGUUGGACUAGAUGAUCCUCAGGGUCCCUUCCAACUCUACAGUUCUAUGAUUCUAUGAAUAAAAAGGCCUGGAGAGUCUAACAGAGCUCCUACUUCUUGGCAUCCAGCCUCAGGUGUGAUGGUAUGGUUCUUUGUGGGUGUGUAAAUGAAGGAGGAGAGAUCAUUUGAAUGAGUCUGAUUCACAAAGCCAUUUUUAUCAUUUGCUACAACUGGAUGAAACAUGAUGGUGUGAGAUGCCUCUUGGAGCUCAGCUAAUAACUGACCGAGCUUUCUUAUCAUGUGACUGUUGUACAAUACGCAAAAGUAUAUUGCUUGAUAACUGACUAGCAUCUCAGCCAGGUAUGUGAAUAUGCCUUCAACUUAUCACCAAGUUCAACCUGAAACUACUUGACAAUACUGGAAUGCUAUUGUAUGCAUGUUUGGUUGGAUGACGAUUCCACUCAUUUCAACUGAGCUCACUUUCCGAGUAACUGGGCUUAGAACUGCAACUCUGCAUCCCACCUAAUGGUGUGCAUAGCUACAGGGGUACACAGAGCAACUUAAGCUGUCAUAGCUACAGGAGCCAGUCUUUGCUUAGUCUGGCCCACAGUAUUUGCAGCUCCCUAAAGCAGAGGUGGUGAACCUGUGACUUUUCCGAUGUUGCUGGACUCCAACUCCCAUCAGCCCCAGGCAGUGUAGUAAAAUUUGCAGGAUUGUACAUCAGAACUUGCGCCCAGUUUACUGCAUCUUUGCUACUUCCCUGGGUGGAAUCCAGUGUAGUGCUAAUGUCCUCAUCCUCUUAGCACAAGGAUUUCCACUUGCAUAAUGGGAUUUCGCCCCCUCUUCUACCUGUGUGCCCCCUGUUCUGGGGCUUCUCCUGACCCUCCGCAGCAGUUUGGGGGAGGGUGUGGGACAUGCAUGGGGAGAAGAGCAGGAAAGCUCCAUUGCACAAGUAGAAAUCCUAGUGCUGAUGGAACGAGGCAGUUGGAUACCACCCCGGUAUGGGGCCACACCACCUCCAAAGAUCUGCGAUCAUGUGCUGCUCCUGCAGCCAUUCAAUAUCCCAUCCUUUACACCAGGUUAGCCAGUGGUGUGGUUCAUAGGAGUGAGACCAAGGGACCAAGAAUGUGUUAGUUCACUUCUUUCCUGUAAUUCUGCAGGCAGUGAACUGUACUGCUGUCUCCAAUCUGAGAGCAAUAAGACAAAGUUCUCCAGUAUCCAUGUGGAGCUGGCACUUUCCAGUUGUAUCUAAGGAAGGCCUAGCAAGGCAGCCUUGGGGAACCUGUGGUCCCACAACUCUCCCCAAUCCCAGCCAGUAUGGCUGAUGUUCAGAGAUGUGGGAAGCUGUAGUCCACUGACAUCUGGAGGAUCAUGGGUUAGGUUCCUUCUCUUAGCAAGGGCUGACUCUUAGUUUGAAGGAAUGGCUGAAACAUUGCACAUCCCAGUUCUUUCAUACAGGUCUGGCGUAGAUCAGCUCUAAAGAUCAGCUCAUCAGUUUUGCCUUGCCUGUUGGGCACAUUCCAUGUCACCCAGCAAAACAAGAUGUGUUGGUUUCCAAAACACCUUGUGGGGCGGCUGCAGUAUUUUAGAUGGAUUUCUCAAAUUAGGGAUAUAUUUAAAGUGAGAUGCCAACCAUACACCUUGCCAAAGCAGAUGAUACUGGCUCUAGCCAAUGAAGAACGGAGACCAAAUUGCUGGACAAUUAGGUUCAUUGCACGCCACAUCCAGGCAUUCUUCCCCCCCCCCUGUAUUGCUGAAUGGUUCUUGCAUUAUACUAACCUCAUCAUGACAAGCCACAGCUGGCCUAGCUAAGAUCCAGUUGAAGGUGCUACUUGAAACAGAGGUCAGCAAAUGUGGUGUUCUUUGCUAACAAGAGUUGUGAAGACGGGAUGAAUUUUGAAAUGGUGCAAUGAAGUAACAUUGUGAGGUGUGUCUUUUAAUGCACCUGG